CAGACAGAAAGUAUGGACCUAUAAAAGGUGUGCAUAACAUCGUCUAAAAGCACAUCGAUCCACUGCAGGUCAACACAGCUCGAGACAGUCAUCUCUGAAACUGAACUAGGAUGCGGAUUAUAACCUUACUGGCCCUCUGUGCCAUCCUGGGCUGCUCUCAAGGCCACCAGCAGGAAGAGUGCUUAAGGGAGCAUAUCCGUUUCCCAAUGAUCAAAGAAAUGCUAAAUAUUUCAAAACACAUCCACAAAUCUCUACCUAAGGACAACAGAGCCUCAAAACGCAUAUUGGGAAAGCAUAAAAAAUGUUACAAGAACAUCGCUGACUUCAAACAUCUGCUGGAUAUCUACGAAGACCAUGUAUUCCAGAAGUUGUGGAAGAACAAUGCACAUCUAAGGCCGAAAAUCUUUAUGGAUUCUUUCAGAACGCUCAAGGAUGUCAUGGACCGAUGUGUGAAUAGAGGCCCACAAAUACAAUCUCGCUGUGCAAGGGAGAAUCUUAAAAAAAUGGAGGACAAUUUUAGCAAGCUGAAACCAGAUGAUCUUUACAAAGCCGUGAGCGAGUUUCAGAAUGUCUUGGUCUGGAUCAGUCUCGCUAUGGACAGAGGAAGAUCACACAAGAAGAUUCAGUAA